UAUUAUUCGAAUCACUGGAACAAUCCCUUCCGAAUAACAUUGUUGAAAACAGGUCUGACCAUGCGCUGGAUUUGUUUAUUUAUUUAUUUUGUUCGACCUUAGCUGAGAGUAGGUGAACUUGACAUAAAGAUAACCUCAUUGCAAUUUUUUUGCAAGUGAUGUAAAGAGAGCGGCGGACGCAUACAUUUUGUGAUAAUUUUCUUUUUGAAGACGAGAGCGGGUCCAUCGGUGAGAGUCGUUGGUACUCGUGUUUUUGAGAUUUACCUGUCAGGUAUAAGGUGGGUCAAAAGUGUGGUGCUCUUGAGAAAUUCAUCGAUCAUCAAGAAAGAUGCUGCGAUUGUCUAUUGUCUUUCUGUUCAGCUUAGUGGGCGGUUCUUUGGGAGGCUAUUCAGAUGGUUCUAGUGGGAAUGACCUGGCCAAUGACGGUUCAGGAAAUGCCUAUGGUUACGGAUACUCAGGGUCUUUUUCAGGAGGUAUACCUCAGAACAACCCCGCUCCAGCAUUCGACUUCUCAGGUUUUUUAAGUAACUACCUCAACUCCAUUAAUAAGUACCAUCAAGAUUUCAUCAGAAAAGGUGGUGGUCUAUUUUCCCAUUCUUACGCAUCUUCUAGUCCUAAUGGGAACGCACAAGCUUCUUCUUCCAUAACAUUUGGCAACAGCUUGCAAGCUCAAGCACAAGCCGCUGCUCAGGGCCAGCCUACUGGAGGAGUGAUCACCAGGGGGGGAUUCCCUUCUGGCGCUUAUGGAGGUGGAGGAGGAGGUGGAGCUGCCUAUGGAGGGGGUAAUGGAGGUGCGUUCGGGGUCAGCUUCGGGGGACCGGACGGAGGAGGUUUCGCGUUUCCUGGCGCAGCUGGGGGUGGUUUCGGUCCAGGUCCGGGGGGCGAGGGGGCGUUCGCUAGUGGGGUUAUCGGCCCAGAUGGUGUGCAGCAGACAGCGUCUGUUUUUCCAGAAAAUCCAAAUGCUCCCAAUGUGAAUACUCGGUUUGGUGGAUCUGGUCAGCCAGAUGGUUUUCGUAGUGUUUUUACAUCCAGUUCAAGCUUCACUUCAAAUGUUGAUGGGCAACCAAAGACAGUCAAACAAGCUACAACAACUGUGAAUGAUAAUGGUAAAGUCACCACCUACACUGCUAAGAAUCCGUAAAUAGACGUUGUUUGAUUCGGAACUAUGUGCAAUGAAUAUACAGUAUACUCAACCA